UCGAGCGCGGCUGCGUGUCCGCACUUCCGCGCCUCUUCACCGCGUUCGGCCACGGUGCCGCCAGCGCACCGAGAAGGAACGGAGGAAGUUUACACUUCGGGAGAGACAUGAUCAUGUGUUGAAGAUCCCGAGGAGAAGCCGGCCGGAGAACCCAUAUGCGGACCCGGAAUAGACGGUCCCGAGUCGGCGGCGGGCGAAGUGCGUUUAAAGGAAAACCGUCCGGACCGGAGAGUCAGAGUUCCACCUUCCUUUGCUUCGUCGGACGGUCGGUUUUGACAACCGUGAGAAAGCGCGCCCUUCCCCCCGAAAUGGGCUGUUUCUGCGGCGCUCCGGAGGAGUUCUACUGCGAGGUGCUGCUGUUGGACGAAAGCAAACUGACUCUGACAACCAAGCAACAGGGGAUAAAGAAGUCAACCAAGGGGUCAGUUGUCCUGGACUACGUGUUCAGCCACGUGAACCUGGCAGAGACAGAUUACUUUGGUCUACGUUACUGUGACCGCAGCCACCAGACGUAUUGGCUGGAUCCCUUGAAAACCCUUGCAGAGCAUAAAGAUUUGAUAACAACCGGACCACCAUACACCCUAUACUUUGGAGUCAAGUUUUACGCAGAGGAUCCUUGUAAACUAAAAGAAGAAAUAACACGGUACCAGUUCUUCCUCCAGGUGAAACAGGAUGUCCUUCAGGGCCGACUGCCCUGUCCGUUUAAUAUCAGUGCUCAGCUGGCUGCCCAUGCCAUCCAGUCUGAGCUGGGAGAUUAUGAUCCAUACAAGCACAUGCCGGGGUAUGUGUCAGAAUAUCGUUUUGUCCCAGAUCAGAAAGAGGAGCUGGAGGAAGCUAUUGAGCAAAUUCACAAGACCAUAAUGGGUCAGGUACCUGCAGAAGCUGAAGCUAAUUAUUUAAGAAUUGCCAAAUCACUGGAAAUGUAUGGUGUUGACCUUCAUCCUGUAUUUGGAGAGAAUCGCUCUGAGUACUUUCUGGGGUUAACACCAGUUGGAGUUGUUGUUUACAAAAAUAAAACCCAAGUUGGGAAGUAUUUCUGGCCAAGAAUAACAAAAGUACAUUUCAAGGAGGCCCAGUUUGAAUUGCGUGUCAUGGGGAAAGAUUGUAAUGAGACCUCAUUCUUCUUUGAAGCCCCCAAUAAAAUGGCUUGUAAGCAUCUUUGGAAGUGCUGUGUGGAACACCAUACAUUUUUCAGAAUGCCUGAAAAUGAUUCCAGCUCCUUGACGAGAAAACUGACAAAAUUUGGUUCUCUUGGAUCAAAACAUCGUUACACUGGGAAGACCGCUUUCCAGAUGGGGAAAGAUCCAUCUGUCCAGCUUCCACGACCAGAUCUGCAGGUUCUCAGAUGUCGUAGUAAGACAUACCCAAAGAGAGUCGCCCAAGCACCAGCAGCAAACAACAUGAAUCGAUCCAACGCAACUGCCGAGAACGGAGAGAACGAAGCAGCAAAAAACAAAUUUGUUGGACCUUCAUCUGGUAAAAGUCCCCAUAGUUCCAAAGUGACAAAAGUAGAAGGCAGUAUGGAGUCACCUUCCAGGAUAUCUGGUGCUCCAUGGGAAGAAAAUGCAACACAGAGUGGUCUUUACAAUUCUGCCGGCGAGCGAAACAAAUCCCCCAAAUUCCCGGCAGCGAGACGACGCACCCCCUCCGGUGGUAGUGAGAAUGAGGCAUCUCAGCCAGGCAGACGCAGGAAAGGGCAGUCCAACGAGGAGUCUCAGCAACAGAGGAGAAGGUCACGUUCCCGUGGCAACACCAGUAGUGGAAGUGAGUCCGAGAAUUCCAACAGGGAUCAUCGGAAAAAAAAGAAUAGGUCUCGACAAGAGAAUGAAAUGGUGGAUUCUGGUCCUCAGUGGGAGGCUGUGCUCCGCCGUCAAAAAGAAAGGUCGCAGAAUGAUCCCAGUCACAGGCGCUCCAGGCAUCGCUCACGAUCGAGAAGCCCUGAUGUCCAAGCAAAGGAGCAACUCUGGAAGCAUAUUCAGAAAGAACUUGUAGAUCCAUCAGGUCUAACUGAAGAACAGCUGAAAGAAAUUCCCUACAAGAAAGUUGAAACUCAAGGGGAUCCGAUCCGCAUUCGGCACUCGCAUUCUCCCAGGAGUUUCCGCCAGUACCGAAGAUCGCAGUGCUCUGAUGGAGAGAGAUCCGUUCUGUCGGAAGUCAAUUCUCGCAAUGAUUUUGUGGCCCCGUUGCCGGUGACGCGCACAGCUGAAACCCCAGGAUCCAGUGCACCUUCCACUCAACAGAAAAAGAGUGACUCCAAAGACAACCUUACAGAGAGUAGAGACCCUGAAGUAAAAUGCGGCAUCAAGGUGGUGAAGAUGGCUCACGCUCUACAAACAAAGGCAGAAACGUGACCCAAGGGCCACUUCCUCUGUGAUGCAUCCAACCAAGAGCCCGGCGUUGCUCGAAAGCCUGGAAAGAGAUGAGCCAAUGGAAAGACCAAUAUUGGCAACACUCAAAACUUUCAGCACCUUCCUCCUCCAUUGAAAUGUCCCAUUUACACUUUAGGUAAUGCAUGGGUAGAUUGAGUACUCUUUCUUAACUAAGACGUGUCCUCCUGUAACCCUGUAUGAUGGCAACACUGAGUUGCCAUCACUGCAAGAACAUCGCAAGAAACCUAAAGCCCUCCACACUUCCUGCUGCAGACUGUGAUGUGGUAACGUACGGUAAUAGUGUAAAACAGCAAGGUUUUACUGAAUACACCUGGCACAGAGUCCCUAAUCAGUGUGUUGUUUAAAUCUAAACAUGAUUUUAUCCAACUUUUGUCAUCACUACAAUCUCAUAACCGAUCAAGUGCGGUAUGCAGAUGGAUUAAGGAAUGUCUGUGUUGCACAUACCUCUAAGGGGUUUCGGCUCCACUUCGUACAGUAUUAAAUUUGUUCUGCUGAGAUAAGUUUUGGGUUUCGAAUCAACAUAGCCUGACUGUGUCUUCAGUCAUGUUUUACCAUUGGAUUUCAGCUGCUGUUUUUAUGACUUAUUUGCACAGUCAUGCUUUCGUUUUCACUGCUGUUCGGAACCAACUCACUAGAUGGCAUAGUUGAAUGAGUUUCACUUAUUAAUAAAUGUUCUAAAUGGAUAUUAUUCCUUUUGUCAUGAAGCAGAGAUGAACAUGUAUCAUUGCACACGUGCAAAAUUCAACACAUUUAU